UAUAAAAGCAGGCUAAACCGAGAUGGAUCAGCAUAGAACUCAGAAUGAAUCCCAAGAGCGAAAUCCUCAUUGCAGCCGUGCUUUUCCUGCUCCUGGCCUGCGUUCAGUGUCAACUGACGUUCUCGCCGGAUUGGGGCAAACGUUCCGUUGGUGGAGCUGGUCCUGGAUCCUUCUUUGAGCCUCAGCAAGGCAGCUGCAAGCCCUCCAACGAGAUGUUGCUCGAGAUCUUUCGCUAUGUACAAUCCCAAGCUCAGCUCUUCCUAGACUGCAAGCACCGCGAGUAGGAAGCUAUACCCUUUCCUGAUCCUGAUUCGGAUCUCGAACGAUGUCUAGCACGCACACACAUACAUUACAUAUAUAUAUAUAAACAUAUAUAUACCCAGCACGUUAUCAAGGUAGUCGUAGUCGGCAUUUAGAUUUAAUGGAACUUUCCUUUCCCAACAAUAAAUAAGCGCAUCCAAAAAGUA